AUGGGCGCACUGGUGGCUGCCACCAAAGCCCACGGUUUAGUCCCAUUAGUGGUCGUCGAGUUCCCCAACAUCUCAGUUGGCGGCGGAUUCUCCGGGACAUCAGGAGAAAGUAGCUCUUUCCGCGAAGGAUUCUUCGAUCAUACCGUCAAUUGGAUUGAAAUAGUCCUAGCAGAUGGCCAAGUGGUGAAGGCCUACAACGACCGUGCCGGCCCGGAACACGCGGAUAAGCGCUCGGACUUGUUCUGGGGAACAGCAUCUUCCUUCGGGACCUUAGGCGUGGUCACGCUAUUGGAAAUUCGAUUGAAAAAAUCACAGCCAUUGGUGGAAUUGAAAUACUAUGUCGAAUCCAACAUGAAGGACGCAGUGCGUGUCUUUGAAGAGGCGAGCGCGGAUCCAAGCAUGGAAUAUCUGGACGGAAUCGUCUAUGCACGGGAUAAGAUCGUUGUUUGUGCUGGGAGACAAGUUGAACAUAGUUCCGUUGUAAAGCCUCGAUACUUUACUCGUCGACAGGAUGAUUGGUUUUAUUUGCAUGUUGAACGGAUUGCGAAUUCUAAGAUUUCCGACCGGGAUUCGAAGCCAGAUGCAGUGGACUAUAUUCCUCUGACGGAUUACCUGUUCCGUUACGAUCGCGGUGGUUUCUGGGUUGCACGUUAUGCUUAUGACUACUUCUGUGUUCCGUUCACGUUUCUUACGCGCUGGAUUCUCAACCGAUUCAUGCAUACCAAGGUGAUGUAUCACGCUCUCCAUGUCAGCGGGCUUGGGCGUCGAUAUAUCAUCCAAGAUGUUGGUGUACCAGUAUCAACUGCUGCCGAGUUCCUGGAUUGGUUGGAUCGCCCUGAAAAUUUUGGUCAAUAUCCGAUUUGGCUCUGUCCGCUACCACCAGGAAGCGCUGGUGGGUUGGAAGGACAGUCGGUAGAUAGCAAGGGAGAAAAUAUAAAUCCACAGAGAUCACAACUCCUCAAUUUUGGAGUCUGGGGACCUGCUGCUACCACUGAUCCGGCCGGAUUCGUUGCUCAAAAUCGACAGCUUGAACAUAAGGUUCACAGCCUUGGAGGAAAGAAAUGGCUAUAUGCACAUACUUACUAUACAGAAGAUGAGUUCUGGAACAUCUACAACAAGCCCGCGUAUGAUUCUCUACGGGCCAAAUAUCAUGCACAGCAUCUUCCAUCCCUUUAUGAAAAGGUUCGAGUGGGUGAAUCUGACCUCCCUGGUCCGCAUCGGGGAGAGUUCGAGAGUGGGUGGAAAGGGUGGAUCAAACGUGUCCUUUGGGACGUCUGGCCAUUUUGUGGGCUCUACGGUGUUUACAGAGCUUGGAGAGGAGGAGACUAUCUGUUGCAAAAAGAGUCCACCAAGAAGAAGGCCGAUUGA